CUGAAAUCAUAUGACAGCCGCAGCACAUAUUGAAAAAGUAAAUAAGUGGGUGAGGCGAAGACAGCUUUUAAUACCUUAAAGUCGUGCAGUAGUUUUUUUUUGAGCAACAAAAUGAAGGGAUGCAUUUUUAAUGUUGAUAACGGUUAUUUGGAGGGUUUGUGCCGAGGUUUUAAAUGUGGAAUUCUGAAACAAUCCGACUAUUUAAAUUUGGUUCAGUGUGAAACUUUGGAAGAUUUAAAGCUUCAUUUGCAAGGAACAGACUAUGGAACGUUCUUGGCAAAUGAACCUUCGCCGCUUGCAGUGUCUACGAUUGACGAUAAACUACGAGAAAAACUUGUGAUCGAAUUUCAGCAUAUGAGAAACCACGCUGUAGAACCGUUAAGCACAUUUUUAGAUUUCAUAACGUACAGCUACAUGAUUGAUAACAUAAUAUUGUUAAUUACUGGAACACUUCAUCAAAGACCUAUUUCUGAAUUGAUUCCUAAAUGCCACCCGCUUGGUAGUUUUGAACAAAUGGAGGCUAUUCAUGUAGCAGCAACACCUGCAGAACUGUACAAUGCUGUCUUGGUUGAUACCCCACUGGCACCUUUCUUUGUUGAUUGUAUAAGUGAACAGGAUUUGGAUGAGAUGAAUAUAGAGAUAAUUCGUAAUACACUUUACAAGUCUUACUUGGAAGCUUUCUACAAUUUUUGUAAAGAAAUUGGGGGUACAACUGCUGAUGUUAUGUGUGAAAUAUUGGCAUUUGAGGCUGAUCGUCGUGCCAUAAUUAUUACUAUUAACUCAUUUGGAACUGAGUUAAGCAAAGAUGACAGGGCUAAAUUAUAUCCCCGAUGUGGUAGACUGAACCCAGAUGGCUUAGCUUCACUUGCACGAGCUGAAGAUUACGAGCAAGUCAAAGCAGUUGCCGAAUAUUACGCUGAAUAUAACAAGCUAUUUGAAGGGGCGGGAAACAAUCCCGGAGAUAAGACCCUUGAAGACAAGUUCUUUGAAUACGAGGUGAAACUUAAUGUGCAUGCUUUCUUACAACAGUUCCACUUUGGAGUAUUUUAUUCUUACUUAAAACUUAAGGAACAGGAAACACGUAACAUUGUCUGGAUUGCUGAAUGUGUGGCUCAGAAACACCGAGCAAAAAUUGAUAAUUAUAUCCCUAUUUUUUAAAAUCAGUAUUGCAAUUAAUUUUG